GGGAGAGUUCAGACGUCGGACGGCCGCUGGACGGGUCAGACGUCGGCUGUCGGACGGUUCACGGUCCGCUGUGGUACUGCUCGGACGUCGGUCCGCGUCAUGGCGCUGCUGUUGGUCCUGCUGGUGACGACGGUGGCCGGCCAGGAUCCGGCGCCAGCUCCACAGCCACCCGUGCUGGCACCCGUCGGAGUCAACCUGCCUCAAUACCCCUCCUACAUCGGCGUGGCCGCCGAGAUCAGACGAGCCCUGUACGGCCAGCCGCCCAGUCUGGAGCAGCUCAACAUUCAGCCCCACAACGACUCGACCAUCAGCGUGCGCGGCGAGACCUACGAGCUGGACGAUACGGACAGCGUCACAGUGGACGGCCAGCGACUUCAGGUGCUCGGGGACGCGGUCUCGGUGAACGGCAUGCUGCACUACCCGGCGCCGCCCCGCCACCGCCGCGCCGCAAACCCGACUGGGAGCCGCUGCCGCCGUACUCUGGCGAGGGCGUGCACUCGGUCGAGCUGGGCGCCAUGCUCGCCGUGGCCGUGCCGGCUGCCGCCAGUCAGUACACGGGUGGGGGUGACAGUCCGCGGGCACCUCUGCACUGCCACACCGCGCCACCUCCCAUGCUGGGGGCUGCUGUGCUGUCUGGCCUGCACCCACCGCAGCUGCUGGUGCUGCGGCCUCUGUGACGGCAGGAUCAGCGCCGCGGAGCUCAGGCGGAUGUUCCACAACGACACCGACAAGGAGCCUCUGACGGCCUGA